ACCGAGCCUCUCCUCCCAAUUCCUCCGCUUCUCAAUCUCACAGCCUUUGCAGCCGAGUUGAAUCCUCCGCUUCUCUAUAAAUCUCCCUUCCCAUUCCUCUUCCCUUCUCUUGUCAAGCGCAAGCAUCCCUCUUCCUCUCUCGCAGCCUUGUUGGUUGGUUGGUUCUCGCCUCUGAUCCGAAGGCAGAAGCCAUGGCGCUGACGCUGCGUUCCACCACGUCGUUCCUGUCGCCCGUCGACCCCACCUCCAAGCUGCUCCACAAGCCCGGCGUCGACGACGCGCUGCCGUGCUGCGCCGCCGUGCCCGCCGCGCCCCACGCCGCCGCGCCGGGCCGCAGGCUGCGCCUCGUCAGGGCGGCCGCGCCCGCGCCGGCGGCGGGCCGCGCGCCGGCCGAGGCCGCCGAGCUGCUGCACGCCGGCGGCGCGGUCCACGAGCACGGGCGCGCGCGCGGCGGGGUCCCCGUCUACGUGAUGCUGCCGCUGGACACGGUGGGGCCCGGCGGCCAGCUGUCGCGGCAGCGCGCGGUGGCGGCGAGUCUCAUGGCGCUGCGGGGCGCCGGGGUGGAGGGCGUCAUGGUGGACGUCUGGUGGGGCGUCGUGGAGCGGGAGGGCCCCGGGCGCUACGACUGGGAGGCCUACGCCGAGCUGGUGCGCAUGGUGGAGCGCGCCGGGCUGCGCCUCCAGGCCGUCAUGUCCUUCCACCAGUGCGGCGGCAACGUCGGCGACACCUGCAACAUCCCGUUGCCACCAUGGGUGCUGGAGGAGAUGAGCAGCAACCCGGACAUCGUGUACACGGACAGGUCCGGCCGGCGCAACCCUGAGUACAUCUCCCUCGGCUGCGACACUCUGCCCGUGCUCAAGGGCCGGACCCCCAUCCAGGUCUACACCGAUUACAUGCGCAGCUUCCGUGAGAGGUUCCGCGACUACCUCGGCAACGUCAUCGCGGAGAUCCAAGUGGGCAUGGGACCCUGUGGAGAGCUGAGGUAUCCUUCCUACCCAGAGGCCAACGGAACCUGGCGUUUCCCUGGCAUCGGCGAGUUCCAAUGCUAUGAUAAGUACAUGCGGGCAUCGCUGGAAGCCGCGGCGGUGGCAGCGGGGCACGAGGAGUGGGGUAGGGGCGGGCCGCACGACGCCGGCGAGUACAAGCAGAUGCCCGAGGAGACGGGCUUCUUCCGGCACGACGGCACGUGGAGCACCGAGUACGGCCAGUUCUUCCUGGAGUGGUACUCCGGCAUGCUCCUGGAGCACGGCGACCGCGUCCUGGCCGCGGCCGAGGCCGUGUUCGGCGGCACGGGCGCCACGCUCUCGGCCAAGGUCGCCGGCAUCCACUGGCACUACGGGACCCGGUCCCACGCGGCGGAGCUCACAGCCGGGUACUACAACACGCGGCACCGCGACGGGUACGCGCCCAUCGCGCGCAUGCUGGCCAAGCGCGGCGCCGUGCUCAACUUCACGUGCAUGGAGAUGAAGGACGAGCAGCAGCCGCAGCACGCCAGCUGCUCGCCCGAGCAGCUGGUGCGGCAGGUCAAGGCCGCCGCGAGCGCCGCCGGGGUGGAGCUCGCGGGCGAGAACGCGCUGGAGCGGUACGACGAGGCGGCGUUCUCGCAGGUGGUGUCCACGGCGAGGGGCGCCGGGCUGGCGGCGUUCACGUACCUGCGCAUGAACAAGACGCUCUUCGACGGCGACAACUGGCGGGAGUUCGUGUCCUUCGUGAGGGCCAUGGCCGACGGCGGCACGAGGCCGGCGCUGCCGCGGUGCGACACGGGCCACUCGGACCUGUACGUCGGCUUCCUCGACGCCGCCAAGGAGAGGAAAGCGCCGGAGGCUGAGGGCGCCGCCACCGCCACCGCCGCGGCAUGGUAGGCGUGGUUCCCCAAACCCCAUGCCUGUGCGUGCGGAUCACACACAUGCACCGUGCUGUGGUAUGUGUGUUAGGGUACGCGCACCGGAGAAGGGGAACUGUAUAGAUUCAGGGGGCUUGCAGGUUGCAGAGUUUUAUAGGCUGUAAUCGAGCAGGUAGAUAAGCAGGCAGGCAAUGUCCAGAACCAGAAUAGGCUCAGGCUGUCUUGUGUUUCUUUGUUCAUUCGAAACUGUAUUAUAAGGAGCAGCUUGUCGUAAAUUCAGAUGAAACAACUUGCAAUGCCAAUACUACUAACUAGACU